UUUUGUUGACUUGAUUUCCAUUCCGUUAACAAGACCAACUUGUCUGUGUGUUCUUUACUCUCGUAUACAUAGAGUAAGAUACCCUUUCUUGUACGAUCAUACCAAGCUAUCUGUUCCGUUCUACACUUGCACAGUCAAAUACUGCAUUUGACGAGUUAAGAGUUCCUCUACCCUUCCGCCCGACAUCUACACACUGAACCAACGAGCACAUUUUCUUACAAUUGAACCAAGGCGUACAAACAGACAAAAUGCCUUCCGCCGCCUUCAAAACAGCCGCAGAUGACAGCCGCAAGCUCAAGGCGAAGCCCAGUAAUGAGGAACUGCUUGAACUCUACGCUCUCUUCAAGGUUGCCAAUGGCGAAGACAUCUCCAAAGCCCCGGCGCCAGGAAUGUUCGAUUUGAAGGGCAAGGCCAAACACAAGGCGUGGCAAAAGGAGGUUGAUGCAGGCACGUCCGCCUCCGACGCAGAGAAACGGUACAUCGAUCUGGUGGAGAAGCUCAAGGGACAGUACGGCUACGACGCGAACAAGGUCCCCGAGGCCGUCGGCGCCAACUAGUGGAGACCGAAGGACUGGUUUGCAAGCAGUCGCAGACCGCGCAGACAGCGCCAGCAUCACGUCGACCCGCUCGAGUCGCUCGAGGGUGAUCCGCUUUAGUACUGGCCAGGCCCAAAGCCCGCACCACGGCCAUACUUAGGUAGUCUUCCAUAAACGGGACCUUCCUGCUGACCAGGUAUUAUUUGAAAGCGUUGGCACUGAAGGGAGCUUUAAUUAGUACCCAAUACAAGUCAUUGUAACUGUUUAGA